AUGGCCGUAAUCUCAGAUGUCUUGAUGAAGACACUAGAGUAUCUUGACCACAAAAACUUAAAAAGGUUCAAGCACCACCUGUGGGAACGUGGCCCAAUCACCAGGCAGAGGUUGGAGGAGGCUAGCAUAGACGACACAGUGACCAUGAUGGUGCAGGCCUACUGUGAGAUGAACUGCGGCUGUGUCAUGUCGAACAUCUUGAGGAGUAUGCACCACAACCAAUUGGCCUUGAACCUGGAUAAGGAGCUGCAAUCAGGCAAGAGCAGCAGUAGGAGCAGUAGUAGGAAUAGCAGUAGCAUCAGCAGUAGGAGCAGUAGGAGGAGCAGCAGGAGCGGCAGUAGGAGAAGUAGGAGCAGCAGUAGGAGCAGAAGGAAGACCAGUAGGGAAACCAGCAGGAGGAGCAGCAGUAGGACCAGUAGGAGGAGCAGUAGAAGGAGAAGUAGGAGCAGGAGGAGCAGAAGCAGCAGUAGGAGCAGCAGUAGGAGCAGCAGUAGGAGCAGCUGGAGGAGAAGCAGGAGCAGCAGUAGGAGAAGUAGGAGCAGUAGCGGCAGUAGGAGAAGUAGGAGCAGCAGUAGGAGCAGAAGGAAGACCAGUAGGGAAACCAGCAGGAGGAGCAGCAGUAGGACCAGUAGGAGGAGCAGUAGAAGGAGAAGUAGGAGCAGGAGGAGCAGAA